UUGACACAAAUACCUAACGACACGUUCGCUAAUUGCACCAACUUGGAGACCCUUGACUUAUCAAAAAAUAAAUUAAGGUUUCUCAAUGCCUCUACGUUUCGAGGGCUAGGAAAACUAAUUUCACUUGUACUGUCUGAAAACCAACUCUAUGAAGUUCACUUUAAGACAUUUUCAACUUUAAAGAAUCUAACAACUUUGUAUAUAGACAACAACAUGUUUCCUUCGUUACCGUCGCGUACUUUGGAUUAUAUGCCAAAGCUAGAAAAUGUGAAACUAUCAAAUAACCCUUGGCACUGCGACUGUCACACCUUGUACAUAUCAGCUUGGGUGCGCUUAAACGAAAUGAAAAUUUGGGACUAUUCUCCAACCUGUAUAUCGCCGUGGUAUCUCGAAGGUCACUUUUUGAAAAAGCUUAAAUUUCCUGAACUGUGUUCGGGACAAUGGGCAAGCAUGGUUAACCUAUCGCCCCGUCUUCCCAUGCAACAACUCUUGGCUCUUAAUGUUACUGUUAAUCGGAAGCCACAAAGAAGUUUAGGGGAUGAUGAAGAUGUAACUUCUGAAGAUCAAUGGAAAUAA